GCGUACUGUAGGUACGGCGCGCUUGUAAUCGGCCAUCAUUAUUGCCACUGCUACGGAGUACUUCGUACCUACUUGCCAUUCAGCACCCACAGACAGAUAAACCGCUACGGCACUCGAAGACACCUCAAGGCAAGGAAUACCGGAAUCUCCCGUUCUCUUUUUAGGGAUUCUUUUACAGAAUAUGGUUUCAUCUACUACACGGCGCAAAAGGCCCAUUCCUCUAUCUCGCACUCGGCCUCCCACAGCCCGGGCAAAUCACGCAGCUUUAUCGUCCAAAGCUACUCGGAAUCUUAUCCGGUCCCAUCAUCGCCUCCUCAAAGCGCGGGCACAGGCGUUGCAGGCUGGCGAUGAGAUCCUAGCCAGCGAGAUUGAUGCGCAAAUCCGGGAGAAUGGGGGCUUGGAGAGUUAUCAGCUCGCGAGCAAACUUGGCCAAUCAUUAGACCGCGGAGGGGACUCCAGCAAGGCCCUAGUCGAUUGGGUAGCUUCACGAUUACGACCGCUGGAAACCACGCCGUACAAGUUACGAGUGCUGGAGAUUGGAGCUCUGAGUACCAAAAACGCUUGUUCUAUGAACAGAUAUCUUGAUGUCACUAGAAUUGAUCUGAACUCCCAAGAACCGGGGAUCCUGAGGCAGGACUUCAUGGAAAGACCACUUCCGAAAAGCGAAGACGAUAAGUUUCAUGUGAUCAGCCUCUCCUUGGUCCUUAACUAUGUUGCGGAUGCCGCCGGCCGAGGUGAGAUGUUGAAACGCUGUGUAUCUUUCCUGACGAACUCAUCUCCCCCCGGAUCCUCCAUUGCCAUCAUCCCCAGUUUGUUCCUGGUCUUGCCGGUUGCCUGCGUCACCAAUUCGCGCUACCUCACGGCAGGCAGAUUGGAAGAUAUAAUGUUCAGCAUGGGCUUUGUCUUGUCCAAGAGCAAGCAAACUUCCAAGCUGAUAUUCCAACUCUGGGAUCACAAUGGUGACUAUAAGCCUAAGGUAUUCAAGAAAGAUGCAAUGAAUCCCGGCAAGACGAGGAACAAUUUUGCAAUCGUGGUCAAGUGACACGAUCGCAUAUGGGAUGGGAAGGGCCCCUUUAUCCGAGUUAUCACAUUGCAGAAAUGGUCUCUUGUGGUAGGAAUGACCACGCAGUCCCAACCAGUGCUAAUACUGAUGAUAAUAUUAGAAGAAACCAGUCGAGCAGCCGUUCCUCUCCACUGAUCUGAUCGCCGAAUAUUUUCAGGUGAAAUGCAAGCGGCAAUAUGAUGCAGAUUGUGAAACAUAAAGCUGACCCCAUCAAUGCCAUGAUU